UAAAACCGCACCGGGCACACGCAACCCGAUAGAGAAUCGAAUUGAGUCUAAUUGAAACGCCGUGAGAGAGACAAACUAGUCACCGGUUGAGAGUGUUUCCAAAAAAAACCGUGAAGUUGUGGAAGACAGAGAGACAGUCCCCCCAGAGCAGCCCCAGAUUGGGUCCGAUCUGCGAUCUACGAUCUGCGACCUUCGACCUACGACCUCCACGAUGCGCCAUCGCCGCCGCCUCAUCCAUCAGUCCGUUCCGAAAAGCAAAGAAUAAGUUCGAUCAGAAUCGAACCCAAUAAACACAAACAAAACAGAAAACGAAAAGCCUAAAACCCAGACGAUGACGAUGGACGAUGAUGAGCUGCCCGGGUCCAAAAGGCCAGCCCACGUAUGCUGAUAUUUGAAAGGCGUUGGCUGGCCUCUUGCGUUAGGUAUUUAACUCUCUGCUAAACAAACAUUCACAAUUUUAACUAAACAAAACAAUAUUAUAUAAAGAAUUGUCAAAUUCCUUAUAGCCAUUGUGAGUGUGAGGGCGCGAAUCGAACAAAUCGAGUGUGGUUAGAGAUGAGAAGCUUGCUUGAGAUGAUGUGAGAUGGUCUUGGCGACGAUGUGAUGAGAGAUGAGCGCAUUUGACGAUGAUCGAUCGAAGACGAUGACGAUGCUGGUCGCGCAUUAAAUCAGCCAACUUUGGCUAGAGCCUCCGAACUUAGUCCUUCCCCCCAAAAUCUUCUGGCUUACGGCUGCUGCGGCUCCGGCUCCGGCUUUCUGGCUUUUUUGGGUCCGGCUAACUGCUACCGGCUACCGGCUACGGCUCCGUCUGCGGCUGAGACUGAGACAACCGACUAGACAACCAACACAACCCGUUGGAGCAGCGAGAGCAGCGUCCCGAAAAGUAUUUCUUAUUUUUGCAGUUCGUUUGUGCGUGAGGCGCCGAAGCCGCUGGUUGUCCGCCGCUGGUUGCCCGGCUCCAAACUGCUCCAAAUGCUCCACUCUCCGGCCCUCUGGUGGUGCGGUGGUUCUGGCUAGCGAUGUCUGCUCUGAUCUGAUCUGACCUCCUGACUGUAUCCGGUGUGUGGCUCCCUCCGAAACGAAAACGAAAAACCGCAACACUUGAAUACUUUUUUGCCAUUUAUAAUAUUCUUAUGUUGUACACGUUAAAACCAAACCAAGUACGAAUCCAAACCAAAACCAAAGUAACAAAACGUAACGAGGUCUGGCCAAUCCAUCCGCUCCGCUCAUCUGACUGACUGCCUGGCUACGGUUUACUCUGGCUGCCUGGUUGAGUUAACGAUGUUCGAUCGGACUUUCGAUGAGGUCAUGAGGUGUCCUUGGUAUCCAUUGGCCCACAGUUACUAGGCAGACAAACUAAACUCUCGGUGUAGAAACGAUGUGUGUGUCCUCCUCUCUCUGAAAGCGCAUUAAGAUCUUAAGGAUUACAUGCGCCAGGCUGGCGAGGUCACCUACGCCGAUGCCCACAAGCAGCGCCGCAAUGAAGGUGUGGUUGAGUUCGCCUCGUUGUCGGACAUGAAGACGGCCAUUGAGAAGCUGGAUGACACCGAGUUGAACGGCAGACGCAUCCACCUGGUCGAGGAUCGUCGCGGAGGACGCAGUGGUGGCGGCGGCGGCGGCGGACGUGGACGCUCCCGUUCGUCCAGCUCUCGCUCGCGCUCCCGUUCCCGCAGGCGCUCCCGCUCUCGCCGCUCGUCGCACUCGCGCUCCAAGUCGCGCAGCCGUUCCAAGUCCCGUGGUGGACGCUCCAAGUCCAAGUCGCCAGUCAAGUCUCGUUCUCGCUCCCGAUCGCGUUCCAACAAAUCGCGGGACGUGUCCAAGUCCAAGUCGAAGUCCCACUCCCGCACCCGCUCCCGUUCUCCCAAGCGUGAGCGCGACUCCCGUUCCCGCUCGCGCUCCGUCUCGAAGCGCGAGUCCCGCUCCCGAUCACGUUCCAAGUCCAAUCGCCGCGACUCCCGCUCACGCGAUCGAUCCCCAUCGGCUGACAACAAGUCGCGUUCCCGCUCCCGCUCUCGUUCGGCCUCGCCCAAAAAUGGAAACGCCUCUCCGGACCGCAACAACGAGAGCAUGGACGAUUAGAUUAGUUAGCUGUCCCCAUUAAUUUUAAAGCACUUGAUUUUAGACUUCUACUAUAACUAUUCUACGAACAUCAAACACUCAGACACCUUUAUUUACCCUGCGCCACUUAAACCAAAACUAAUGAAAAACCAAUCAUACAAAAUCCACAAAUCAGGUCAUUUUUUAAUUACCACCAAAUUUGGCAUAUAUCCUUUGUCGUCCCUUUAAGAAUCCCACAUUAAACUGCUGAGAAACGACUGAGAUCAGUAGGUUGAGCAAUAACUAUGUGUAGUUGGAUUCGAGGCGCCCACAUUAUCCAUGGAAUUACUGCGACUUGUACAACGGAACACCUAAAAUUGUCUAUACGAAGAGUGAUUUCAAUAAAUACGGAUACAUUUAAAUUAAAAA